CCUCCAGGUGUCGCCAGACCCCCGAGCUCCGUGCCGCACCCGGAAGUGAACGAUCCCUCCGAGGUCACCGGCUCCAACAUGGCGUGGAGGAGCUGCUCCGUCCUGCUCAGGCUGAGCGGAGAGGCCGCUCUGCGGAGCUCGACGAGGGGCGGCAGGUGGCCUCACAGCUUCCAGCAGAGGUGUGGCUUCAGAAAAGUCGGCAGGAAACCGGAAUCCAAGAAGGUGGAGGAGGAGCCAGGACCCCCACACACAGAGUCUGAGGCUGCGGUCCCUCGCAGGACGCCGACCCCCCACCUGGAACAGCAGGCCCCGCCCACCUCCCCCCGUGCCUUCAGUCGCCUCAUCAGACCGCUGGUCUUCACUGUGGGGUUUACAGGCUGCUCUUUUGGCUCGGCGGCGAUCUGGCAGUACGAGUCCGUCAAGUUUAGAGUCCAGAGCUUCUUUGAUGAGAUCAGAGCUGAUUGGCUGGAGAAGAUGAAGCCCCAGAAGAGAGGAGACGUCCGCAAAGAGAUCAACCAAUGGUGGAACAGUUUGAGUGAAGGUCAGAGGACGGUCACAGGUGAGACGUCUGUGUUUGAUUGACAGCAGAUAGAACACACACACACACACACACA